AAACUCGCCAACUCCGCCCUCGUCUCCGCGGGAUCCCGGAGCCUGAGCCGGCCUGGGGCCGAGGCCGCCCGAGCCGCGAGGCGAGCGAACAUGGCAGCAAAAUGAGGAGGCUGGCUCCGGGUCGUGGCCGCCGCUGCAGCGCUGCAGCUUGAGAUCCCCGUCCGGCGCGCUCCGGGCCGCAUCCUUAGCCGGCCUCCUGGCGGUCGCGGGAUUAUUUCAUUCCGAGCGGAGGGCGAGGGAUAAAGGAGACUCCCCAGCGGAGCGGGUCCGUGCCCAGACUCUGGGGCAGGGUGUAGACGUUUGUGUGUGCGAUUCGCCGGCUGCGCAAACGACGCGGGAGAGAGACGGUCCCGGGCUGCGGCGGCGCGGCCGCGGGGAUGAGCCGGCCAUGGAGCGGCCUUGGUGGGGCGCACGCAGCGGACUGGCGCUGCCGCCGGAGCGCCGCCUGAGCCGGGGCUCCAGGGGGCUUCGAAGCCUCCGGCGCCCUGGGGGGGUCCCUGUCGCCGACUCCGGGAAGGACGCAAGCCCCGCGUGGCGGACACUGCCGCAGUCACCGUACUGAGGCGCCCCGAGCUUGCUCCGCCUGCAGCUCGGUGCGCGCUGGGCACCCGGGCGCCUUGCCCGGUGCACGGCGGCUGGCGCACAGCGGCUAGAUUGGCUGCUGGGGCCGGGUGCAGGACUAGCUGGAGGUGGGUGUGUGCGCGUGUUGGACUGGAGAUCCGAGUAGAAGCAGAACCAGGCGGCUCUGAGCAGCCAUGCUUCCCGGGGUGGGCGUGUUCGGCACCAGCCUCACGGCCCGUGUCAUCAUCCCGCUGCUAAAAGACGAGGGCUUCGCGGUGAAGGCGCUGUGGGGCCGCACGCAGGAAGAAGCGGAGGAGCUGGCCAAGGAGAUGAGUGUCCCCUUCUACACUAGCCGCAUUGAUGAGGUGCUGCUACAUCAGGACGUGGACUUGGUGUGCAUUAACCUGCCGCCGCCUCUCACCAGACAGAUCGCUGUCAAAACCCUAGGCAUCGGCAAGAACGUCAUAUGCGACCGCACGGCCACGCCGCUGGACGCCUUCCGCAUGACCUCAGCCGCCCACUACUAUCCCAAGCUCAUGAGCAUCAUGGGCAACGUGCUGCGCUUCCUGCCGGCUUUCGUGCGCAUGAAGCAGCUGAUCGAGGAGGGCUACGUGGGCGAGCCGCUGGUGUGCGAGGUGCAGGUGCACGGCGGCAGCCUGCUGGGCAAGAAGUACAACUGGAGCUGCGACGACCUGAUGGGCGGCGGUGGCCUGCACUCCGUGGGCACCUACAUCAUCGACCUGCUCACCUUCCUCACCGGCCAGAAGGCCGUCAAGGUCCACGGGCUGCUCAAGACCUUCGUGAAGCAGACUGACCACAUCAAGGGCAUCCGCCAGAUCACCAGCGACGACUUCUGCACCUUCCAGAUGGUGCUGGAGGGCGGGGUGUGCUGCACCGUCACCCUCAACUUCAACGUGCCCGGCGAGUUCAAGCAGGAUGUCACUGUGGUGGGCUCCGCCGGGCGCCUGCUGGCCGUGGGCACCGACCUGUACGGGCAGCGCAACAGUGCCCCGGAGCAGGAGCUGCUGGUGCAGGACGCUACACCGGUAAGCAACUCCCUGCUUCCGGAGAAGGCCUUCAGCGACAUCCCCUCGCCCUACCUGCGCGGCACCAUCAAGAUGAUGCAGGCGGUGCGCCAGGCCUUCCAGGACCAGGACGACCGGCGCACGUGGGACGGGCGGCCCCUCACCAUGGCCGCCACCUUCGACGACUGCCUGUAUGCCUUGUGCGUGGUGGACACCAUCAAGAGGUCCAGCCAGACGGGGGAGUGGCAGAACAUUGCCAUCAUGACCGAGGAGCCGGAGCUGAGCCCUGCCUACCUGAUCAGCGAGGCCAUGCGCCGCAGCAGGAUGUCCCUCUACUGUUAGCACAGACUGAGAACCUCGGGGACUUGAGCCUUCUGCAGGGGAUAUCCACAGAGAGGGAAAGGCCGAGGGGAGAGGGUGGCCAUGGGGAAUGUGGGGAUCAGGGAGGUGAAAGGACAGUGUGAAUAAAUGACAUGUAGGAAGGUAAACUUCAGUCCCGGUGACUGAUCCCAAACCAGACUGUUGGUGGGCUGGGCUCCUAGCCUGGAAGCAUUCAGGAGAGCCUGCCAUUCCUGGGAUGAUCCUUGCUGGGUAUUUGCACAGGAGUGGUUUGGUGUAGCUGCCUCUGCUGCCCUUUACUGUGACAAGCAAGGAGGGGUUGCUUCCCUCCCUACCUCAUCCACCCGACACACCUUGGCCUUCUGCAAGCCAAAUGGUUCUGCAGGGUCAAGACACUAGUACCAGAUGGCAAGCUCAGUGCCCGGGACACCCACUGCUGGCAGGAGAAGGCCCAUUUUCACAGUCCGCAUAAGCCUGUUAGGCUGGGAUUGGGGGCAGGAUGGGCUGGUGAGAAAGUUCAAAUUCCAGGAAGCUACUUUUAUUGGAUAUAAGGUAUCUAAAGGCAAAAGUACUUAGAAGCGAAGUGGCCACCUUUUGACUGAUUGGGCUGAGGGUGUGUCUUUGCACUUGGUUCAUUGCCCUUCACCUGGUGGAGAAAGAGAGGUCAGAAAUAGUAAGCAAAAAGCAGGACUCCCAGAAGCCACAAGGAAGGAGCACAGGCUGCACCAAAGCAGGGGCAGCAGAGAAUAAAAUAUCUCUUUGAACUUGUCAACAAUUAAAAAACUGAAAGGAGUCACCUUAUAACACUAUUUCCAGUAAAGGUGGAAUUGAGUGUCUGAGGGAUUAUUGAGGUGUUAAGGUAGCCCUGCCACAUGACUCUCCAGGCAGGGCCAAGGAGAUAGCACAAAGUAUGGGUUUGACCCUAAGCUCAUAUGCUGCCCCCAAAGACUGGGAACGGCUGUGUGCCUCAGUGUUACAGUGUGAAUUCCUAAACAGGGUAAAGUGAGCCUAGCCAGGGAGGUGUCUGGGGCUCCAUCACCCAUCUCUCCUACCAAGCUGGGCAAGAGCUUUUAGGAAAUCCAUCCAGCUUUGUGGAUUUAAAAAGGAAGCCUUCAGUUCCAAUUAGAAUCCCCUUUCCUUAAAAAUCAAUCAAUCAAUCAAUAAGUAUUUUCCUUAGCUCCAGCAUUUGCUUUCAGGAUUCUGACACCUGAGAAUUUGGGAGUAGGUAUUAAGCAAAACAAAAGGAUAACAAGGAACAUUAUUCCUAGUGUUUCUAAAAUGGGGGUUUAGAACCCCCCAAGGGGCCAUUCUUAGGCUUGAGAAGGCUAACGUUGGAAAAAACAUAUUCUUCUCAUUGGUC